CGACAUACAAGUUGGAGGCUCGUUGUGUAGGGUGUGUGUGUGUUGAUAUCAGCUGGGAGGGGCUUCUCUAUCUUCUCACAUGUACCCAGGGAAGAUUGUGCUCCUCUCCUGCCCCGAAAGCCCGAGUGUUAGAUCGGCGUGAGAGCAACAGAUUUAUGUGAAAUGCGACCAGACAGCUGCCGUCAUUCCUCCACUGGUAAUAUUUUUCACAGGAUGGCCACAGCUCCUUCCGCGCGGGCAAUGAUUACGUUUUGCAGUGAUAUGGGAACCAAAAUUUACCACGCAUGAUGGGCUUGUGUGAGUGGAGACGUCACAAGAGCAACAGCAGCAGCAGCAGGAGAAUAGGUGUGCUAGGGCUCUGUGCCUCGCCCUCUUCAGGAUGGUCCGACACGUUCACCAUCACCGACCGCAGCACCAUUCCCCCAGACCUGACACCAACAUAGAGCUGGAGCCCCUGGUGGAGGGAGAACACCCACCUUACUCUCGCCACCAGGGGGGUGUUGCAGAGAAGGGAGCCAAGAGGUAUGCGCUUCCCCAUCUUGGACUCUUCAUGGCUGUCCUCUCCUCCCUCUUUUUCUCCCUCUGCUCACUCCUCGUCAAGAUAUUGUCAGAUGUGAGCCCGAUGGAGCUGGCAGUAUCCCGGUUCGUGGGUAUUCUUUUGCCUACGCUUCCUCUGUUGGUGCGCACAGGUGAAUCACCCUUCCCUCGAGGCUUCCGCCUUAUGCUUGUAAUGAGAGGUCUGGUGGGGGCCACUUCUCUCAUGUCGCAGUUCUACGCCUUCAGACACAUGCCUCUCGCUGAUGCUUCCGUCAUUGUUUUCAGCGUACCAGUAUUCGUGGCGGUAUUUGCGCGAGUGUUUCUUGGGGAGCCAUUUGGACUAUUUCACGGUGGUGUGAUUAUGUUGACUAUCACUGGGGUUGUGCUCAUUGCCCGCCCUCCAGUGCUCUUUGGCUCAUUGUCAGAUGCCUACACGGCGGACAACUGGUGGGGCGCUGCGGCAGCCAUCGGUGGCACCGUUGUCGCCGCGAAUGUGUACGUUAUUCUGCGGGUGCUGAAGGGGCUGCACUUCUCUGUGAUCAUGACCAAUUUCGCAGUUGUGGCCCUGAUCCUGACCCCAGUGGUGUCAUGGUUGAGAGGUGACCUGUGUGUUCCUCGCUGUGGCAGUGAGCGAUAUCUAAUUCUGGUUAUUGGGGCCUUUAGCUUCAGUGGACAAAUACUCUUGACGAAGGCCCUGCAGCUGGAACAAGCAGGACCUGUCUCCAUUGCGAGGACAGCCGACGUUGUCUUCGCCUUCAUUUGGCAAGCCAUCUUCUUCCAGGAGCUACCAGACAGGCUCAGUCUGACUGGUGCUCUCCUGGUGGUAUCAAGCGUCUUUCUAACCGGUCUCCGUAAGUGGGUCCUCUCCCUACCGGAGACUUCUGCUACUCGACGGAGACUUCGCUGCCUCACUUGCUGACCUUUGUGACCUCCCAUAGAAUGCUUUGAUCUUUGGGUCCACUCAGAGAGAUAAAUGAACUUUGUGUGAAGCCACAGAUAUAAAUGAUCAGCUUAUUUCAGUAAUUUGCUUUCCAGGAGGCUCUGUGUUGGCUCUAUGUUGUUAUUGAUUUGCUUUAGCAGUCUAAUCAAGAAUUACCAAUUUGUCAUUUUUACGUCAUUAUCACAAGUCCUACCUGCAUGCAGUUAUUUAAAGGUUAAAAAGAAGCAUAUUUUCCUGACGCAAUAUGAAGACUAUUUAGCCAUGAACAUUUAAUCGGUAGAUUCUCUUUUAAGAGUUGGAGAAUGACAGUGUGUGAAAUGCUGGUCUCACAUGUUAUGUACAUAUUUUAUCUUGUUUCUUUCUAAACGAUAUUUAUAUAUAGUUUUGGUUUUAAAUUUCGGUAUAAAUUUUCUUAGUUGUGUCAUUUGACAUUCAAUUUUAAUGAAUUCUUAACUAAACCUAACCUCUUUUACUUUACAAUUUCUUUUUCUCGUUCCAUACUUCUGUCAUCUCCCUCUCUCGUCAUUGUCAUAUGGCAGGUUUUCCCCGCUAACUCUCACUUGUUUCAAUAGUGAUGUCUUCUUAGUCAAGGCAGUGUUACUCUUUUCAUUUAUAUGUUGAAGUACCAUUCUAGUCAUCUCCUAUACCAUCAUCACUGCAUCUAACAUCUGCACUAAUAUCGUCAUCAAAGCCCUACGUCAGCACAAUCAUUGUCUUUAUCCAGUUCAUCAUCUACAGCAGCAUCACUUCUUCCACGCUAGUCGUAGACUCCACUCCUUCAUCCAAGUCAUCCACCGCAGUCAUCCAUAAACCUUCACCCAGUAGUGAUACAGCUCCUCUUCCUCACGAUCAUCACCAGCAGCUGCUUUUGCCUCUCAUCCGAACUCUUCAGUCAAUGAAGGACAAAGUGUUUGGACACACAGAACCAACUUGAUCAGUUUAAUCAGCUGAUCAGAAAUUUAUGAAGCCAACCAAUAGAGUUACAUUUUCCUUAGAAAUGAGGAACAGCCAUAGUGAAACUGUAUUGAUGCUUUAUUGAACAUUUUACUUUGAUUAACAAAGUCUUAGCGAGCACAAAGUUUUAGAUCACCUUGGUAGAAGAUUACCUUAGACUGUGUGAUGUUAGGCAAUGAUAAAAUGUACUUGAGUAAUCAAAUAUGUGGUAGUAUGUUAAAGGGAACACACUACGUACCUAAAUAUUUAAACAUGAGGAUAAAUUGCUUUAACAAUUGUUUACCAAUGAUAGAGUGUUGUCAAUAGUUUUCAGGUUUAGGAAAUAUACAAAAAAAAAAAUGAAGUAUUAAAAACAAAAGGUUAGCAAGUACAGUACCCCUAGAAUAAUGUUAAUACAGUAAUAAUAAUAAUACGUGUAAUAAUAAUAUCCUUGGAUUAAAAUAAUGAUAUACACUUUUUUUUCUUCAAGGAAAUGACAAUAUUUAGAAUUAUUUAUUAUGGUGACAUGUACAGUUUGAUCAUAGGUAAUUGUAUUUACUGUACUGUACAUGUUUUAUAAAUGGAAACAUAUUUAAAGUUUGUGUUGUAUUUAGCAUAAAUAUUCCUGUAUUAAACUAAAGGCAUUCAUAUCAUAUUUUACAUGAUCAAUUAGACAUACUGCAUAUAUGCAUUUAAAAUCUAAUGUAAACAAACAAAUUUCAAAAUCUUACAUCAGAUUUGUCCGAAGGAAAUUAUGUAACGGAUUUGAGAAAUUCAACAGUGUAUGGUUAUAAGAAACUUAUACAGAAUCUGUGUUAGUAUUGUUGCAUAUCAAAUAUGAAAAUUUAAUGCUCUCGUCAUAGGUUGGGGUUACAUUGGUUUGCCCUGUCCACACGUCUGUCUGUGCGUCCGUCCCCACCCUGUUUACACAGUAUCUCAAGACUGGGUGAGUGGAUAUUGACCAAAUUUGUACCACAGGUAAUACCUACGAAGUUCCACUCUUGAUUAGGUUCUGGAGGCUGGGAUCAAACGUCAGGGUUACAAUCAUGUUCACCAAAAUUCUACUAAUUGUUCAUUCUUAUAUGACCUGACUAGAGUCCCAAUUUAUGGCCAACGGGAGCAUGUGUGUUGUGCAAAACACAAAUGUUUAAAUUUAUUUAAAUGAAGUAUUACUGCACUGCAGUAUAUAAAGACACAGCAGUGCUAUAGUUUCCUUUAAUGUAAUUGACCACUUUCCAAAUCUGUGCUGCUUAGUGGAUAAAACAGUGAAUUAGACGCCAGUAGGGGUGUUAUGUCCCACAGGCCUCAAUAUAAAAUUAAUAGAUGUCUUUACAUUGUGUCGUUGACAGUUGUAUAAAAGAUAACAAUGAAAUGAAUUCAUAGUAUUCCCGUUUAUAUAAUUUAAUGUAUUUGUCGAUGAAAUACAGUGAACCCUCACUUUACGUGGUUAAUUCAACCCACGGCGGCCCGUGUAAAGUGAGAAACGCGUAAAGUGAACAACAUAACAUAUGGGAUUAAUUGAAAUAGAGACCGGG